CUAAGAUUUCACAUUACACAUGCGCAGUUAAAUUUCCGCGUCGUGGUGUUUGUUCAUGCGCAUCCAUCAUAUUGCUUUAUAUAUUACUAUAGAAAUAGACCAAUGUUGUCAGUUGAAGAUUUCGAUAACAAGUGUUUUAUUUGUACAGCGAGCAGACGGUGACUGUAAUUCCAAUCUUCCGUAUAAUAGAUGUCAUCAUGUCGGCUUGAUUCAAUACAAGAAAUGAUCAAUUCCUGUCCCACGCUACGGUCCCUUCAGACAAUUAUUUGUUGGAUUCAAAGCGACUUUGUAUUCCACUGAACUCAUUUCAUUGAGCAUCUGCUCGGCAGUGAUUGCAGCCCUCAAUAUUCAAAUCGUCAUCGGUAACUCACCAUCGACGAUUGCAUCUAACGUCAGUUUCAUCUGCUGUCUCCUCCUGAUCGAUAUUUUUCUACGUAGAUAGAACUGAAAAGAGUAUUGGUGUUAAUAUCUAUACCAAUGCAAUAAACAGUUUGAUUGAAGAUAUCGAGCGAACUUUGUGCAGUAAAGACUGUAAAAAAUUAUAUGAGAAUACCAAUUUCUUGAUCCUUGCCUACAUCUCAUUAAACGAUCUGAUCGUCUUUUUGAAUAUACAUUUAUUCUUUCGAAAUACAUUGACUUCUAACUUGUUACCAACGUGUUAAUGCUUCUACAUUGUUCAAGAUUAAAUUUUUCUUGUCUAAUUUUUGACUUACAACUGCCGAUGGCUACCGUACGUGUAUAUCUGUGACUCGGGCGAAAAACGUUGUGCUAAACUGUACAAACAAUAUUUAAUCAUCGCUGUCCAGAUUUGAGCACGUACAAGAAAACAAUUUUCUUAUUCAUCCCGAUCGCUAUCUCAUUUUUUAUUCUGAUUUUAUUUCAACGAUUGCUUGUGAUCAGUUGUUACUAAACCGCGCUGUUCACGAACAUUAUUGUAAUGCAACUAUCAACACCAAAUUUUGUCACUUACAUUGUUCCCAUCAAUGGUUGCCAUGUAAACAACGCAUCGUCGUACUGUUGAAUAAGAUUCGGCUUAUAGGCUGAUAUGCUCAAAUAGGAUUUACGCUCUCGCGACGGACGGAUCGUGGUGAGCUCUCUCUUAUUAUAAGUGGAUAACACAGUGUUCCAACGGCUAUAAUUUUAAUUGCGUAUAUAUGCGAAGUAGUUUUCAAGGAGUCCGGCACACAAAAUUGAUCAUAAUGUCGGUAUCAAACGACUAUGAAUACGGUUAUAACGAUUCUUAUGUCUUUGAGGAUAAAAAGGAUUACUUCGUCGAAAUUGUGACUUUAUUUAUUGAAAUCAUUGGUAUUAUUGGUAACGCGUUGGUUAUAUUUAUUAUUUUGUACUAUAAAAAGAUGCACAAUGUCCCUAACUAUUUAAUCUUAAGUGUCGCGAUUGGCGAUUUACUUUUUAUGGUGUUCUCGGCACCAUUUACUGUCAUCAGCUUGGGUUUUCCCUCCGCUGCUGGUAACGAAGUCGUGUGUAAGCUGACGAACUUCAUAUUGAUUUUGUCGCAAGGUGUGUCGGCGUUGUCUUUUACGGCACUGAGUGCGGAUCGUUACUUCGCAAUAAACAUGGCUGUCGCGCCGAUGCGUGAUUACGCAAAACGCGUCACUUAUUUCUCGAUAAUUGUCAGCUGGACAACGUCUCUCUCAUUUGCUCUGCCUGUCCUCUGGUUCUCUACAGUGUACAUUCUACCAUUUGGAGCAAACAUGUACGUGUGUUCGUUUGCACCCGAUGACGCUUGGAAACAUGCCACGGUUGUCUACCAAACAUGUAGGUUCGUGUUUCUGUACGCCUUACCCGUAAUCGUCAUUUCCGUUCUAUACACGUUGGUUGCAAUGGAGUUAUUUCGGAGCAUUCGGGAAAUGCCGACGGAAUCAACGAGAUCUACCUCCAAGUCGGCGUCGGCGUCAAAGAAUCAGGCCCAAGCUCGAAAACGACUGGCAAUCACCGUACUUGUAUUGGCAGUGAUGUACACCUUUUGUUGGCUACCGUAUAUGUUCAAGGAGAUUGCCGUUGAAAUCAGCGAUAAGAUUCAUUUUAAUUCUAAUUACAAGAAUGUAUCCUUCAUAAUGCUCUACUUAAGUAGUUGUAUUAACCCGUUUGCACUAGUAGCAAUGAGUAGGAACUACCGCAAGUAUUUUUUAAGGUUGCUUUUGUGUGGCAAAGUUCAAGGGAGGCGUAAAAAACCUCACCCAAACACAAUAACGUCGUACUCAUAUAACAGCGUUAUGUCAAAGCCCCCACAUUGUAAUAAUGAGAUAGAAACUGUAAUUGAGGAACCCGAGGUGUGAACUACUUACACAAAAUAAUGUGUUCAUUUAUGUGCCAACACAACACAAUGCUGGGCCUUCAGUUUCACGUGGCUUGUAUUAUUAUGACGUGUUUGCUUAUUGAGUUUGAAAAUGACAACAACCUUAACAGAAACCGAAUCGACCGGUCAGCAGUAUUCAUGGACUGCAAUGUGUCGGCCUGGAUAAUAAAGAUUGACCAUUAUGCUGAUGGUUUACGAAGACUUGAAGUUGUUUGAUUACCUGGUCUAAAUCACACCUUUCAAUUAUCUUUCGACAUACGCCACCUGAUCUGUGUGCAUAUGCAAAAAAGUGUCUCAUGCUUUCGAACAUUAUUUCGGGCGCGAAGUUCAUCCGUCUAACAGACAUUAUCUAUUGAAUGUGUACACAACAUCAUGUCUCCACUAUUGAUUAGUUGUGAAGUAGCACGUAUCCACUUAAAGACCUUUUAGGGUGGUAAGUUUGUAUUUUUGCAGCGUAACGGAUACGGUAAAGAAUAUGUUACCGGCAACAGAUGGGUCCCACUGUUGUAUACACGUAAUAAUUAUAUGCAUAGCCUAAGAUUCCACUGUCUAUGGUUUUCCCAGUGUACCCUACCAUUAAUCGACUUUGUUAUAGUGUAAUUAUAUGAUGAACUGUAAAAUAUCGAACAUUAUGUCAAAUGCAAUACACUGCUUCAUUAUACGAGCAUUCCAAUACAUUAAUGGAGUUUAUACGCACACGCACUUCAUUUUUAACUGCCGCAACUAAAGCCACUGCACACUGCGUUCCCGACAGCCGGCGACAAAUCCAUCCAUACUGUGUGUGGUAAGCGCUUGCCCAACGCGAAAUCGUCUGCUGAUUUUUGAAGGCAGUCUUCGAGCGGAUUGGCAUUUAAAAUGAUCUGUUGCGCAAGCUGUACCUGGUCGCUUUGUGCUCAGUGUGCGGCCGUCUUUAGGCUACACAUUUUAUAACAGCCAAAAUCAUAAGAUUGAGUUCAAUAUAUCUACAGUAGUACCGUACUGUGCCACAGAACAACGAAUGUGAGCUCAUAAUUAUAAUGACGGUACCACGUGGGACUCUUGAUGUCUUUAUCCCCAGAAAUGAUGUCACCAGAUUUUAAAUAUUACUUCUUUUUUUUCUUUGUUUGUUUGUUUGUUUUUUGGUGUUUUUUUUUUUUUUUUGGAUGUCAUGUGGAUAUGUGUUUUUACAUGCUAAUGUUUUAAUUCCCGGUGGUUAAAAUUUAUAUCAUUGCGUUUGUCAACGGUAUUCAGUAAGUUGUAGCUUAAGAUUUCAGAUUAAGCACAUAUUGUCGUCUAUUGUACAACUUUAGUUCACAUGUAUGUCAAAGCCGUCGAUAGAAACAUCUAUCAAAAAAAAGCGCACAACGUAUUACGACGGUCGUACUAAGACGGUCGUACGACCGUUGGCCGACGUGUGCAUCCUCGCUGUUUGUGGGCGCCUGGUGAGGCGACGCCGUCCGCUGAUUGUCAGUGGCAGACUGGGUGGAUUGUUUAAAACGAUCCGCAGCGAUCAUUCGUCCCUUUGUUUCGAUGGACAUUUGUCGGCCGACGACACUCGGCCCAGUGUCUGUCUGGCUUUAUAAUAAUCCGGCGUAUAUCGUUGAACGAUGACGUAGACAAUUACAGACUGACGACAGUUGCUAUGGCUCUUUGGUCAUAUGAUGGACCACCCCACUAAGACAAACAGCAGCGUAAAGUGCGUACGCAAUCAUGUUUUGGGACAUGCGCGUAUUUCUGGGCCUAUUCUGAUUGGUCAGUUUUUAAGCGUGGCUGACACUCCGUAAAAGUUUAUUCAUUUCAGCGUCUCUGCGUUAAAAAUGGUUAAAAUACAUAUAUUAUUUUCUCAUGACAAAACUACUCAACUCCCUUAGCCUCAAUAGAAUUUAGUUUAUAGAAAAUCAUAUUACCUGUUUUUAAUCUUUGCUACAGGCAAAUCACUCGUCGUUUUUGUCUUUUUUCAAAAUGCUGGCGGUAUUAUUAUUAUUAUUUAUUUCAGAGUUACAUUAACGACAUUUUAUAUUGUGUUAUACUAUACCAAAACUGUCUUUAAGCUAAAAUUCAAAUCCUUGCUAUUCAAAAUUUUAUCUAUUGCAUUUACGUAUUUUGAAAUUGUAUAUCAUUUCUAAAAGUACCGAUCUCGUUUGUAAAAUCUACAAAUUAUCGUAGUUGAACGAACGAAUAAUAUUCGUUCGAUUGUAUGAUACCGUAUAUAUUAUCUGCUAAACAACACUUGGACAAUAAAAUUAAAAAUCAUGUGAAUUACUUUGUGUGUUUAAUAAUAAUACCCACGUAUUUAUAAGGCGCCAAUUUCAUAUUGAGUGAUCAAAGGCGCAAGCGUUGGAUAUUGAUGCUAACAUUAAGGGGAAAAAAAAACAAAAAACAAAAAAAAAAACCCGACAGCAAUUAAAUUAAAGCGUACGUGAACUUGUGUUUCUGGGACAUGCGCGUAUUCCUGACGCUGUUCUGAUUGGCCAGUUGUUAUUAGUUUGUUUUGCACCCAGGAAAGAUCAUAUAGUUCAAAACUUUCGUCCAUACUGUUUGUUUCAUCAUGUUUCAUUUAUAAUUGUACAUGGGGAAUCACACUAAUAGGGAGUUUUCGCAAGCUUACCAAUACGAUAACGAAUACGGUUACGUCACCAAAUUUUAGACAACCCUUCCCCUGCAGAGUAGCAUAUCUGUCACAACGUAGUCGAUUCAUGCCUUUUGCAUUAAUCAAGGAUCAUAUGCAGUUCCUACAGCAUAAAUAUUGUUAAGAAUGUUUCAGGUAAAAACGACGAUAAUGAUAAUGACGUAUUCGUAUUCGUUAUCGUUUUUGUAAGUUUGCGAUAUCUCCCUAAUGAUGAACUUCUAUGAUAACAAAAACAAAGUAAUUAUUGAUUCGAUAACCGGGCAACUAUUCUCUCUCCUUAUUAGCGUUCUUAAUGUAAUGAUAUCUCAAUGAGCCAGGCAGAUAUCUACCGUUCCCUUGAUGCAAAAUACACCUAUUAUAUUAUACAUUUUCAUUGAAAAAAUUUAAAAGAAAAAAAAAUUCGAAGAUGUGUUAUUCUCUGACUAUCAAUCCUUUGACUAUCCAGACUCUAACAAGAUAACGUAAUUCAGUAUAAUAGUGACGUCAUAACAUUGAUUGAAUUUUAGGUGGCUUUAGCAUACCGGUAUUAUCGUAUUCCGUUUAUUUCAAACUUCACGAAAAGAAACGGCUUUGGCAGAUAAUGUGUUAAUAUCGCAAUAUGUUGCAUCAAUAAUUAUAGAGUAAGAGAGCCCGCAUUCAUUUAUAUUAAACUCUAUUGUACAACGCACAGACUGUCUGUUAAAACCGCACGUGCUAAGGAUGGGUACAGUGUUUUAUCGUAAACAUUUGUUGUGGACAAUAUUCUGACGGACGAUCGACGGAACGCACAAAAUGUGUGAUGAGGCGAUUGGUAUAUAUUCCUCCUUGACUUAAUAAGCAUGACUGACACACAUGACUGACAGUAUUACCGAAGCUUUUCACGACAUGACAUGGACAUUUUCGCCUAAAAACAAUUAGGCCUAUAGGCCCACUUAUAUUUAUAUAGCUUUUAGGCCUACUGUAUAUCAUUCUGCAAUAUAUAUGCUGUAUAUAUAUAUCACGUGUCAAUGUUUGUGAUACGAUGUUGUAUUGCGCACGCAUUCUAUAUACGUCACCAAUGAAUAAAUUGACUUUGAUGUGCAAUAAA